CGGGUCACGUGGUCCAACGGUGAUAAACUCGAGAAAGCGGCGGUGAAAGAAAUGGCAGGCAAGAUGAGAUUUACUGACAGCUCCUUUAGCAUCUUCAGGGAUAUGUUUACUCUCAUUUUUCUGCAAGCGUUUUACCUGACAACUGUCUGUGGUCAAACGGAGGUCCAGGCACGUCCAGCCAAAAUUCCAUGGACCCUGGAGAAGGUUUACCACAAGCCAAGCACAUUAUCUGAUGAGGAUGUCCUUGCAUUAGCAGAGAAGACAAAUAUUUCUCGAAUGUGGCAAGAGGAUCUACAGCCUAUAUUAGUGGAGAGAUAUCCAGGUUCUCCUGGAAGUAAAGUGGUACGCCAGCACAUUCUCAAGCGAUUGAAAGAGUUGCAGGCAGGCUGGGUGACAGAGGAAGACACUUUUCAGGAUUACACACCAUAUGGCUAUGUGACCUUUUCAAACAUCAUUGCCACUCUGAAUCCAUCAGCCAAGAGACGACUGGUACUAGCUUGUCAUUAUGACUCCAAAUAUUUCCCACCACAGUGGGAUGGCCAGGUAUUUGUGGGAGCCACAGAUUCAGCUGUUCCUUGUGCCAUGCUUCUGGAACUGGUGAAAGCCCUGGAUGAUCGAUUUCUGUCCUUGAAGACCAGCUCUGCAUCCAGACCAGAUCUCACCCUACAGCUUAUCUUCUUUGAUGGAGAGGAGGCAUUUUAUCAGUGGACUAACUAUGACUCUCUUUAUGGAUCUCGGCAUUUAUCCCAGAAGAUGGCAAGUACAGCACAUCCUGAGGGUGCCAGAAAUACAAACCUGCUGAGUGGAAUUGAUAUGUUGAUGCUUCUGGAUUUAAUUGGAGCUUCAAAUCCAGUCUUUGGAAGUUACUUCCAGAAUACAGCCCGAUGGCUUACUAGGCUGCAGAUGAUUGAACGAAGGUUGCAUACCUUAGGACUUCUGAUCGAGCAUCCCAGAGAAGUUCAGUAUUUCUGGCCACAUGUUCAUGUAUAUCCCAUCUUAGAUGACCACAUUCCAUUUUUAAAAAGAGGUGUUUCAGCCCUUGUCAUGGCACCAUCACCAUUCCCUCGAGUAUGGCACACCAUGGAUGACAAUGAAGAAAAUCUCCACUCGGCCACCAUUGAGAACCUUAACAAGAUACUUCAAGUGUUUGUGAUGGAGUACCUUCAGCUUUAGAUUUCAGCUUUUGUUUUCUGUGCCCAUAUUAUGAAAAAUGUAAUUUUUAUUAAUGAUAAUAUGUUUAGUCUUCAUCAUAAAAUAAGUAAGCAGUACUUGACAGAGUGUGGAGUCCUGACAGGCUACUGCACAUGUUGGGUAGGUUGUAUUUCAGUGGCAAGUAACAGGUGAACAUCCUCUCAUGUAAAAUUUGAAUACCAACAGCAUAUAUCUCACAUUUGAUAAUGUGUUUAUUAUAAUAUAAUUUAAAAUUAAAAUGCAUACAUUUUGAAAAGUGCAGUAAUGUAUGAAAAUACCUAUUUUUUUUUACUAUAACUGUUUAGUGUGACAUAAAACGUAAUCCUCAAUUCUUAAUGUGCUAAUUGUUCCACCAAAUCAGUUUUAUAUAUGGAGCAUCAUUGUUAUAAAGGUUUCGUCACCACUGAGAAAACAAGGUUUGGUUUGUUUAUAUGAUUAUAUAAACUGUAUGUGACAUAAUGCAAAACAUAUGAACAUGCAAUAAGACUGGGAAAUGUUUUUGCUAAUCAUUGUUAGUGCGUAACAUCACUAUCUGUUGCUUGCUUUAUAAGAAGAAAACAGUAUUUUAAUUUCA